CUUCACGAAGUCAUUGAAUCAAAAGUUUGCGUUGACUCACAKUGUUUAUAUGGGGUCAGUGGAGGUGCCUUCCCAGCCACAAUGUAUCAAGGUUCCGGCUGGGACAUACGAAUUUGGRGCCAAUGUCUUGGACCCUAAGRUGAUGCUAGUUGGUCGCAUUUUAACAGAUGGAAGAAUGAGUGCAAGGGUGAAGUACGACGUGAACGACUUCUUGUYUUGCUGCUCUUGCAAACUGAAUGGUCUGUUGACAAAUGAGCCACAUUUCUCGCAAGCUGUCUGUGACAUUGACAUGAAGGGUUCAACAUUUYAGGGGCAAUUGAAGCUGGGUAACAACGCAUUUUAUGGCGCCAACUACAUUCAGAGUGUGACUCCUCGUCUUGCACUUGGUGGGGAGGCGUUCUGGAUCGGAAGGCAGAGAAAGUGGGGGUACGCGUUUGCAGCACGGCAUGCAACAGACAAGGCUUUUUCAGUUGCUCAGGUAGYGAGUACUGGGGGUGUGUCGUUAACGUAUGCGCARAAAGUGUCAGAUAAGGUAUYACUUGCCACAGAAUUCAUGUUUAACCGGCAGUCAAGGGAAUGCUCARCUUCAGUUGGUUAUGACUGUUUGCUUCGACAGUGUCGACUGCGGGGGCGACUUGACACAAACGGGGUUGUGUCAGCGUUCUUGGAGGAGCGGAUGAAUGUUGGUGUAACAGUUACGUUUGUUCUUUCUGCUGAGAUUGAUCACUGGAAAAAGGAUUAUAGGUUUGGAUUCGGGAUGAUCGUGGGAGAAUAACGUGUCCGCAAGCGGCUGUGGUUCAGUUUUGGUUGUAAUCCUCCUACCUCGAGAUGCGAAUUUCAUCUGCGUUC